AUGAGCAACCAACCAUGGCUCGACAGUCUGUCCGAUGACUGGCCGUCAAUGCCAGCGUCGCCCACCAGCCCAACUACCCAACCGGUCUCGCCCAAAGCUCCCAGUCAGCAGGGGACACCUAGUCGCAUUCCUGUGCCUGCACGGCGUCCCGAACAAUCCCCGGGGGACAAGUCGAAGGACAAGAAGGUUACCCGCCCAUGCCAUUUUCACCGGAAAACACCUCCAACACCGAAGACUCCUCGAACACCCAAGACCCGGAAGCCUCGAUCACCGCAUCCCUCUCACUCGCAUUCACACUCACAUUCACACUCGCACACCCCCAGAACGAAUUCGAAGACCAGCCCGAAGCCCAGCCCCGGCGCGGGACGUAAACAGCCCGCGAUGGACACGCGCUCGCCGCUACGAUCGGUGUCAAACGUCUCCAACACGUCAAAUCAGUCAGAAUUACAGGGAACAGUGCAGAUCAACACCAAGAAAGGAGGGCAACCGAAGGAUGGCACUCCAGAAUGGCGGCGGCGACUAGUGCGCGGGGAAGUUGCUCCUGGUGAGCACCGGGACCUGUUUGCGCCGAUGGGCUUGGAAAGCGUGUUCAAGCCGCCUACACCGGGCGCGGCGCGGGAGGAAUCUACGCCGUUCCAAAAACAAGACGAUCAACUAUGGGACUUCACCGACACAUCCUCGCGACACGAAAAAGACGGCCACAGCACGCGCGACGAUGAUACCAACCGCGUCAACGAUGUGAUUGACGGAGUAACAUACGAGGAAAAUCCGCAAGGGACAGUGAACCACGCGCCGUGGGGACAGAAUGGACACCAAGAGGGGGAUUGGGACCCCGAGGGACUCACACAGCCGGACGACACCCAGCAACGAACGGCGAGUGGGUUGGAAGACCUGCGCAACGAAGGAAUCACACCCAUCACCUUCAGUCGUAACAACACCUUCAAUGGCAAUGGAACCUCCGAAGUGAUCAAGUCCGCAUUGAAACAGGUCACCAACAAGCUAGAGGGCUUGUCCAUUGGAAACGAGGGCCGCCCUGAAACAUCAGCAAGCGACAGUUUUCUCUUUGGAAACCACAGCGAACCCCUCGAUGACUCUCGAAAUGACAGUCUGCUAGACGCAACCAGUCACUCUUUACCCCAAGAUCUGUCGAUGGGGACGGUGGACUUCCACAGUCGCCGGGGAAAUCGCUCCUUCCCUCGCAGGUUUUCCCCUUCGCCCUUUCCCUCGCAUCGCCUGUCCCCCACAACUCUCGCCAACUCGAAGAUCCGCAGCUCUCCCUUGUUCAACCCCCCUCCCAAGCCUGGCUCGCCUGGCCUACCGCGCCCCUCUUCGUCUCAUGUUCGUCCAUCGACUGCUGGAACGGAGGGUACUGAUUCCAAGAUGCCCUCAUCUGGUAGCCCUUUGAAGUUGUUUGGGAACCAUGAUACUUUCACCAACAAUAGGCUUCUUCGGCGUAUGAGUCAGUUUGAAGACAAUUACAGCGAUGGGUCCGAGGGAGAGGAGCCACCUUCCCCCUCUGAAGAGGCGCGGAGGAAGGGCGAAAGUCGCAGCUUUUUGAACUCGAGACAUGAGCCAUUGCGGGAGAUCUCACCCAGGCGAAACGAACGCGUCGAAUCGCGUAGUGAUGGCCACCGAAUAAGUCAGUUUGGGGGCGGAGAGUUGGAUAAAUUCGAUUUCUCGGACACCAGCCCAUACGAACGCAAACUUGUUUAUGAUGAGGCCGCAGGAUUUGGAUCUCGGCCAACAUCGCGCAAACGAUCGUCGACGCGACAACAAUAUCUCCGUGGUCCUUCCCAGCAAUUGUAUCAUUACAGCAGGUCGGCAAGCUCGGGUUUCACUCGGAAGCCAUCUGCAUGGAUGCGUCAAGAUUUCUUUGAUGAUGUGCGACCAGGAUCCCGCCCAAGCAAUAAGGAGAACAUGGCCCCUGACGUCAAGCGAGUUCCCCGAGCCCCGGGGAUGGACCCCACACCCAAACGCCGCCGAACAAUCAUGAGGAAGAAUAGCGCGGAGCCUAAUCACAAUGCGAACGGUGAUUCGCCCCCGAAAUAUGGCGAAAGCAUGUCCCUUUUGCAAAGAAGUCUCAUGCAACACGGCGUCCAGCUCGACAACACCGACUAUCUUGCUCCGCCUAGCGUAUCUCAUUCUAUGCAGCGGCCGCGGACACCGACACCCAGCCAAAUACGGGCGGCCGCAGAAAGUCGCAUUUCGUCUUACAGAGAUUUCUCGGAGCCAAACUUCCACGACAACGAUUAUUCCGAUUCGUUCUCAUUUGAUGGCGAAGGCAUUGUUCCCCUUGUGAAGAUUACCGGCACAAGCGAUACGUCGCGGAAAGGAUCCAUCACCACGCAGGAUUACCUGAACGAAGCGACCAAAAUUAUGGAUCUAAUUAGAUCAAAAGGAAGAGGUGCAACGGGAUUGUCGAGCUUGCAUGAAUCUGAUGUGGAAAGCGAAGGCGACGAUCUCAGUUAUGACGACGAAUCUACGCGAGAAGCCUUUUCUCGGCCACCUAGUCGAGACGGUACAGAUCUGCGCAAGCUCAGGGAAGUCAAAGAGCUGAACCCCCAAAUAUUGAAUCACCUUAAAAAGUAUCAAGAGCAAGAUGACCCUGAUGACCGAGAGAUGUCCCUGCACGCUCGUCAUGGCCACACCGAAGGCCUGUCUGAGCUUGAUGAUUACAACUCGCAAAACAUCAGGAUUCAAGGGCCAAGAAAGCGCAAGACCAGUGGCAUGGCUGAUGACACGGCCGAGAACAUUGCCCAGGAUUUGAUGACCAUCAACACUCAAAUGUCCGGCUUCAGCGUCAACUCAGUGCCAACAGGUUCAUCACAAAGUUCCGGAGUGAAGGGAAUGCUGGCUUCUGAUCUGGUUUCACACUUGAUACCCAACGAGGUCAAUGGCUUCAUAUAUGAUCGGGCCAAGAACCAGUGGGUAAAGGAUGGAAUGGAAGAGCCCGAAGCUCCAAUCUCAGAGUCCUCCGAGGAGAACGAAGACCCCUUCCGAGACAUUCCUGACCUGAGUGUCGAUGAGUUACAGGAGAUGAUGAGAGUGCAAAGUCUCAACUCUGCUUCUAACACCAAUGAUUGGACCAACUCAGAAAAUCCCGCACGCAUUCCCUCAGCAUUUGCCUCAUCGCCAAGGAAACUCGACGUUCGACCCCACACGAGGGAUGGGGUUCCUUCUAUCAACACUAGCUCUAUUCAUUCAAGACUCACCCGUUUCACAUCGAGUGUCCCUAAUACCGGAACAAGAGCUUCCUCGUGGGACACCGAUGAGCAUGCACAGAGAAAACGCUCCGCAGAUGAGGAUGUUCCAGUCCAGAGCCAGGAGGCCGACGAGCCCAAACCGCUUCGAAUCCAAAGGAAGCAAGCACGCGUUUCCACUGUCAAUCUCUCGUCAUCGCGCGGCUCCCGCCAAUCUCCAACUUCUGAACAUGAAGCCCCCCCAGCUAAGCUAAAUGCGGAUCACGUCUACCACGGAAUUGUGCCUAGCGAAGAUUCGGCCGAGGCAAAUCACGAAAAUGGCACAGUUCGCUCUUCUCUCCAUCCUCCCACAGGACGCCAAAGCUCGGUUGCCGGUCAACCCUUCGUUGGACGUCCUAUCUCGAGGAUAGAGGAACGCAACGAGGAGACCCUUGACGAACAAAGUAUUGUUCGCAGAAAUAACUCACUGCAUGUGGAGCAAACCCCGGCCAGAGCUGAAGGGCACCGUCAUUUGAUGACCGUGAACAGCGCUGGGGCCGAUACCAGCUAUAGCUUCCAUCUUAGUCCACUCGCCGACUUCACUGUCAACCAAGGUGAUCGGCCGUCAAACCUUGAGAUGAGCCAUGUCGCCCAGCGUACAAAUCCCUCUUCUUUACGGCAAGUGCACGGGACUUUCGCUCUGGCGACUGAAGAUUUGAUCAAGCAUAUCACAGACGUAGAGCCAUAUGAGCCUUAUUGGGAACAUGUGCGUCGUCUAGUUCUGCGUGGCAAGGGGUUGAUCACAUUGCAUAAGCUCGACCAGUUCUGUCCCAGACUCGAGGAGUUGGAUGUUUCUGACAACGAUAUUGGCCAACUAAGCGGGAUUCCUUCGACUUUACGAACCCUCAAGAUCUCCCGAAACUGCCUCUCCAACCUAACAUCCUGGAGUCAUUUGACGAACUUGCAGUAUUUGGAUGUUUCAGGAAACGAAAUCGAAACAUUGGAUGGGUUCUCCAGCCUGAUUCAUCUCAGAGAGUUGAAAGCGAAUGACAACCAGAUUCGCAGUAUUGAUGGUGUUAUGGAUUUGAAUGGCUUGCUCAGUUUGAAAUUGAGUAAUAAUUCCUUGACAACGGUGGAUUUCGAAGGGUCUGAGUUAACUCGACUACGUGACCUUGACUUGAGUCACAAUUGCCUUACCUCUGUUCGCAAUGUCGAAUGGCUCCCUUCGCUCACCACUCUUGAUAUGAGCGCCAACCAAAUUACCCGGUUCGAUUCUACUGCUUCCCUGAUCAGCCUGCGGGCCCUGAAACUUUCGGAAAACCGUCUCGACGUUUUCGAUGCCCAGCCAUUCUCUUCUGUCAGCCUUUUGUAUCUUGAUCAGAAUCAUCUUCCAACCAUCAUCGGACUGGAGCAAUGUCAAAAUCUCGAAGUUCUUUCCAUCCGAGAACAGACACCACCAAAAGAGAACGAUCAUAACUUUGGGCUGGACAUUGAUCUGGGACUUGUGAAAGACGUCCGCAAAGUAUUCAUGUCAUCCAACAGGCUGUCCCCACAGAGCGUCUGCCCAUCUGCCCCACUUCUGCGACUUCAGCUUCUUGAUGUCGCUGCAUGCACCUUGAAAGGACUACCUAGCGACUUUUCGUUGAAUUUCCCCAACCUCAAGGUCCUGAACCUAAACUUCAAUUCUGUCGACGAUGUCGAGCCCCUGCUGGGUAUGAAUUGUCUCGCGAGACUCAUGGUUGUUGGCAACCGUCUCUCUCGGAUGAGGCGAGUAUGUCAAAUCCUCAGUCGACUAGGCCGAGCGGGCAAAGGGACGGCAUGUUCUUUGCGAAAGCUCGAUCUACGCGGGAAUCCUCUGACAGUUGGAUUCUACCCCCCGGCUGUCACUGGAAAUGGCAGUCUGGAUCGAAAGAAGUUGAAGUCUCAAGAGCAACAUGCGGUUGUGCGACUUCGAGAUCAUCGCGAUCUGUCUGAAACACUAGCCGAACUUGGGAAUGAUGACCAGAUUUCACAUCGUGCCACAAUAGGAGACGAUACCCAGACCGACAGAGACGCUGAAAUCAAUGAUCCUUUCACGGUCCCGCUUGCUGAUGCCCAAGCGGACGCAAAAUACUUGAGACACCUCGACCAGGCUACACGUCUACGCCGCAGAGUGCUUGAGCUUAUGCUUUACGCUGGAACAAGUGGCUCCGUCCAUACCCUUGACGGGUUGAACCUCCGCCCCUCGCUUGGCGAGGAGUCUUCGGAUAUGAACAAAGCAUGGGACCGACUGGAGAAGCUGGGGGUUCUCCGGCGGAAAGCGAUUAAAAAUUAG